AUGUCAUCCAGAAAGAAGAUCCUUUUGAAGGUCAUUAUCCUCGGCGACAGCGGAGUCGGCAAGACCAGCUUGAUGAACCAAUAUGUCAACAAGAAGUUCAGCGCAUCCUACAAAGCCACGAUCGGCGCCGAUUUCCUCACGAAAGAAGUCCUCGUGGACGACCGACUCGUCACCAUGCAACUUUGGGAUACCGCAGGGCAGGAGCGCUUCCAGUCGCUAGGCGUGGCUUUCUACAGAGGCGCAGAUUGCUGCGUGCUGGUAUACGAUGUGAACAACUCCAAGUCCUUCGAUACUCUGGACUCAUGGCGGGACGAGUUCCUAAUCCAGGCUAGUCCCAUGGAUCCUGAAAGCUUCCCUUUUGUGGUCCUGGGCAACAAGGUUGAUGUUGAGGAGAGCAAGAGGAUGAUCAGCUCGAAGCGUGCGAUGGCGUUCUGCCAGGCAAAGGGAGGCAUUCCAUACUUUGAGACCAGCGCGAAAGAGGCGGUCAACGUGGAGCAAGCAUUUGAGGUCAUUGCACGCAACGCUCUGGCUCAGGAAGAAUCUCAGGACUUCGACCCUGACUUCCCACCGACGAUUCCAAUCAAUAUCGGAGAGAAUGAGCAAGGCUGCUCGUGCUAGUUCUCGAGAUGGAAGUCUUUACUCCUCGUCAAGGGUUGGGGCCAUCUCUAUGCAUCGGUUGGCGUUCGGAGCGUUUGCACUGCAGUUGGGAUAAUGGAGGCACACUACCAGAUUACAAUUGACGGUUUAACUGUACAGCGAUGUCUCACGAAGUUGAAGUAUUACAGUAGUACACUGUAUGGAACAUCAUUGAC